CGCCGCUAGCAAAACACGACAGACUGGCAGACUAGGCAGACGAUAAUAUUUUAAUAUACAAAACAUGAGUCUAUCUGGAUCACCCUCUCCAACGUCUUGCGCGGCGUUCAGGUUUGAUUCCUUCGAACAAGAAGUAGGGGGAAUUUCUUACAAGGGAGGAGAUGGAGGUCUCUCUCCUCCAUCGGUAUCCAGUCCCACCCCAGGCACUGCUUUUUACAAAGGUGGUGGUGGCGGAGGCGUCGGGGACAGGGAGAGAUUGGUGCUGGAAGUCACAAAAUUAUAUAGGGAACGAAACCGCCUCGCAAGAAUCCAUCGGAAAGCAGAACUGCGGGUCCUGACAAGCCUAAGACGGAGAAGACAGAGCAGAGAUGGAGUCACUGAUGAAGUUGAUGAGGAUGAAGAGGACUCAGCAGAAAUGGGCCAAGUGGAUUGGGUAAGCCAAGCAACACAAGCACGAGAGUCCUUGGUAGAGGCAGACCAGUCAGCACAAGCACAGGAACUACACUAUAAGCUGCUGUUGGAGGAAGCUCGAGGGAACACAGCUACCACCGCCAAGCAGGUUUCAGCUAGCAUGGAGAAAUUAACUGAGCAUCAAAGGCAACUGGUAAAGCGAAGCUUUUCUUCUCUUCCCCCAGAGAGGGACAGACAAACGGUGGUAGAAAAUUUGUUAAGUCGUCAGAAGCAGGCUCAUGAACAGGUUAAGCAAGCUAGAACUUCCUAUUACAGCCUCCUUCUUAGAAAACAGCAAGAAGAAAAGGAACUGAAAGAGAAUCUGGAACGUUUUGAUGACCAGGUUUGUGUAUCUGACAUGGUCAGGCUUGUGGUGGAGACUGAGGCCUUUGCAGAGGAGAUCAACAUACAGGAAAACAGUAUCUCUGCACAUCAAGCAUCCCUGAAACAGAUGGCUGAAAAAUUUAAAAAACUUUGUCAGCAGAAAAAUGAUUUUGAAGAAAGCAUUACAAAAGUGAAAGAAACACUCAACUCUCUCAGUAAACAGCUGACUGAGGAGAGAAAUAAGCUCAAAGAUCUGUCCAAAAUGCAAGCCAAGACUCAGCUACUGGUGAGGAGCCUCAAGCCAUCCUCUCGUCUCCUUCUUGAUCCAGUGCUGGCCAGAGAUCUUGAAGAAAAACUAGCUGUUAAGCACAAACUAGAAGAUGAGAUCAGUCGCUUGAAACAGGUGUGUGAGAGGGAAGUCAGAGAUUAAUUGAAAUUUUCUUGUAUGCUUAUUUUAGUGCUUUGACUGAUGGAGAAUCAAUGGCACUGUAAUAGGGGACGAACGGGCUGAAUGGUGGCAUAUCUCUCAGGAGGCAGCACAAGCGAGGCUACUGAGAAUACGUAUUGAUGUUCAAGACCAUUAUUUAAGAGUUUGCAAAAUUGAAGGUGCACAAAAUAUGGAUUUAAAGUUCAUGUAUGUAUGUAUAGUAUAAUAUGUGUAUACAUACAUAAUAAACAAGUGUAUUAUACCCAAUCUCAAUUUUUAUUAUUGUGGUGCUUCGUGAUAAUGGACACCACGUGUGAGGGAUGUCGUUACUGUGAAUUGUCUGUUACUAAGAGCGGGGUGUCUGUGAGACCCUUAAACACCCCUCAUCCCUUUCCCCUUUUUGGUAAUUUAUUUUUAGAAAUGUGAAAAAGAAUCUUUUGUAUGUUUAAACCACCUUAUUCAAUGCUUAAUGCUAAAAUGAAAGAAUUGAUUAUUAUUUAAGAAGUAUACAGUCAUAAAAAUUUGCCUUACCAAGCAUAUAUGAAUUAAAGAUGUAGCUUCCCGUCUUAACCUA